UACCAAUUACCAUGCAUCUCAAUGAUUCAUCUAUUCCUGCCACUCUAUCCCUUCUACUAAAGCAUUCCUAACUAAGCUUUUUCCACAUGCGAGAAGAACAAUAGCUAAUUAAUGUGUGUUUUCGCUUCAUGCCAUCAACUAACUAAUAGAGAACAUAGAAGUACACUUAUUUAAGUAUGGGCCUUUUGAGCCAUAACAUAAUGUCUAUAGCAUUGGCGACCAAACAAUCAAGCAUUGAUCCUAUACAUGUAAUGGAUGGGUGAUCAAUCCUCCCAUACACGCAUAGGGCAAUAUGAUAUCACUACAAAGAAGUUUCCUUACAUCCUAGAUGAUGUUAUAAACAAUGCAUAUAGUAUCAUAUAAUAGAAUCAUAAACAUUAAAAUAUAAUAAUCUAUGACAAAGCAUAAAUAUCGAAAUACUCAAGUAACCAUAGACAAGCAUAACACGAAAUAAUGGAUUCAAAUAGUCAUAUUAUGACGAGUUCACAUUCCUACACAAUCAAUUCGAACUAGCUAUACAUAUAAGAGAAGGAGGCCACGAUAAGCAAAUAUGACGAAAUCUCCUUGAUUGUGUCCCCUCCUAUUGAUGUUAAGCUAAGCUCUUGAUUCAGGCCUAAUUGUACACUUUUUAUCCCUGUUUCUCUUUGGCGUUUGUGACAUUUGAGCUCCUAAAAGGGUGGUUUUAUGCUAGGUUUCUUGUGUUUCAGAGUCUAACAGGUGAAACCAACCCCGUAGUCGAAAGUUGGAAGAAAAGGCGCAAAGACCGGGCCAAGAGGAGGAUCCAGCCGCAAUUCACGGUCGGAGCUUGGAUUUCAUUGUCACCAGGACCGUGAACUAGAACCACAAAGCGUCCUGAGGAGUUUCAGAGGUUACCGACGCCGAGGCAGGUCACGGUCGUAAGAUCAAGAACUGGAGCCAUGGAUCGUGAACUCUAUAAGUGAAGCAACGCGUUUUCAUCUGUGUUUAUGGUCCCGACCUGAUGUUCACGGCCGUGAACUGGGACCGUGAGCUGGGCGCGAUCUGUGUAUAAAUUGAGAGCUGAAAGGCAGAAGAACGGAGUGCUCAAAGUGAGAGAAACAUUCUUCUUCUUGAAACCCUAGAGAGAGAAAGAACGAACCAAGAGGGAGAAGAGGCUAGGGUUUGCUCCAAGUGAAGAUUUUGGAAGUUCCUCUUCAAGAGAGGAUCUCUACAAGCACAAGGAGAGUUGGAGGCAUCACAAUGAUGGUUUCUUUCUUCUUCCUUUGUCUAGCAUGGAGUACUUUCUCUUUUCACUUGGGUGUUGUAGAACCCUAACUUUUACCAUGUAAUUGAUUGUGUGGAUUGAAUGAUUGUGUGAUGGUGGUGUUUAAUUUAAGAAUUGAGGUAUUUUUUAUGGUGAUUGUGCAGUGUGUGCUUGGAAAUCUAUUGUUCUAUUCUAACCUAGCUUAGAGAGAAACCCCCUUAUCUUAAGAGGCUCAAAAUUGAGUUGGGUUUUCUUAGGCAUCCCAUGCCUCCUAACUAGGUUAAUGAAGGGCAAACCUCUAAACUCGAAUUAGACGCCUAAGUUGAUUAUGAUUAUGUCGUCCAAACCUUGGUUUGAGGGAGAAGGUAAGUCAACCCUCAAUUGCUUGGGCCAAGAGGGCUAUAAUUGUAGCCUAUAAUGCUUUCCUUGGCCUAGCAAUUGAGAGGAUGGUUUCUAACCAUUGUUGCACCUCCUAUGGGUCACAAUUGCAUUGUCACACAUCGGUUCAUUCAAUCCCACGGCUCAUGGUAGCUAGUUAGGGGUAAGCAACUCCCGAGUGAAGCUUCUCACCAAGAGUUUUCCACCCUUUUACUUUUCAAGUCUUGCUUUUAAAUAGUAGGUUAUAGAGAUUUAAACUAACAACAUUCCGUUAGAUAAUGUUUCAAACAAUUGAAGUAGGGGUACAUGGGUCGGCCCAGGUUGAUAUUUAAACAUACUUGCCCUAUAUUGCAUCCAUUUAAGGUUUAUACUUGGGCCUUAGGUGGGAUUUUAUUGUGAUAUUCGGAGUGUGUCAAGUUUUUGGCAUCAUUGUUAGGGAAUCUCGGUCUGUUAUCUUGAAAAGAUUGUUUGGUGUUCAUCUAGCUUUUAUUUUCAGUUUUUUUAAGUGUGGAUUUUGCUUGUGCUUGAUGUGGUUGUUCUUUAAGUGUGUGCAGAGAGGUGUAUGACCCGGAGCAAUCUGACGCUUUUAACACCACUAGACGAGAACAUCAACCGACUCUUCGACUUUUGGCUCGUGAGAGGGAGUUAGCGGAAGCAAGAAGGAGAAUUGAAGAGAGGGGACAACAAGUUGGUCUUGGAUAUGGAGGAAUUGAAUGAGAAGUUGAAGUUGAGAUGGCAGGGAAUCAACAUCGAGGUGCUAAUCCGCUUCAGAACCAAAAUGAGGAAGCGGGAGCCGAGGAAGAACCAAGAACUAUGGGCUAUUACAUGGCCGCACGGGCGGUGGAUAUCCAAUCUCCCAUCCUACAUCCACCUGUGCCCGCCAACAACUUUGAAAUCAAGCCUGCUCUCGUCACGAUGAUUCAAAACAAGUCCUUAUUCCACGGGCUUGCCAAUGAAUCACCGCGAGAGCAUGUUCAAAGUUUUCUUGAGCUUGCGGGAAGCCUGAAGAUAAAUAGCGUCCCCGUGGAGGUAUUACAACUGAGGCUAUUCCCCUAAUCUCUUGCGGGGAAGGCACUCCGACGGCUCAACAACCAACUAGCUCGAUCCAUCACCUCUUGGGACGAUUUGCUCAACAAGUUUAUGACCCGAUAUUGUCCUCCUUCCAAGACGACCGAGUGGAGGAAGAAGAUCACUCACUUUGAGCAAGAGGAAGAUGAGACGUUGAGGGAUGCAUGUGAAUGAUUCUCCGACUACUUCCUCCAAUGCCCUCACCAUGGAUUCGAGGUGCAAUUUUGGAUAGAGACUUUCUUCGGUCUCAUUCAAGAUGAUAAGAUUCUCAUCGAAUCUCUUUGCCAAGGGAAUUUGAUGAACAUGACUCCACCUCAAGUGACUGAGUUGCUCGAAGAUAUGGUUCUCAAAUGAUAUGAUUAGGGCUUGACAAGGAGUGGUAAGAGAAGCACCAAAAGAGGAGUGCGAAGUGUGGGAGCAAGUGCUCCACUUGAAGAAAGUUUGACUAGUUGAUCGAGGUGAUCCUUGAGGACAAGAAGCAAGGGAAGAGAGCGGUGAUAUCUUGUGAUUGGUGUUCAAGCACUGAUCAUGAAAUUGCGGAUUUCCAAGCGAUGAAGGAGACAAAUACCCCGGAGGAGCAAGUGAGUUUCAUUGCCAAUUCUAGAGGGAACAUCCCUUAUAGCAACACCUAAAACCUCGGGUGGCGCAAUCAUCGAAACUUCGCUUGGUCUUCCCCUACCAAUCCAAGACCUCCCGGUUUUCAAGGUCCAAUGGGCAACUAUCAACCUCGGCCAACUUUCAUCCAACAAAGACCUCAAUUCCAAAACUCGAACUUCCAACAACCAUACCAAGCACAAGGUGGUCAAGGGUUCCAACAACAACAACAACAACAAGUCGACAAGUUUUCUAAACUUGAAGAUCUAGUCACCACCUUUGUGAAUACAAGCUCUCAGAAGUUUGAGAAGAUUGAGCAAUCCAUGGAUGUGGCAACCUCCAAGUUUACCUCGAUUGAGGCGGGACUCCGAAGUGCCCAUUGAAAAAUGUAUUAGAUAACAAUGAUAACUAAAUGGAACGCCGACAUUCAGAAAGAGUUGUGCGCCUUAGUCCAAUAUUCAAAGAGGUUGUGUAACUUUGUAAUUUCAACUAGUUAAUACACUCAUUAAAUUUUGAAGUUAUAUUGUAUAUUGGGCUCGAACUAUCGCAAAACACGUACAAAACAAAAUCGGCUGCACAACCCAAUUGGAUUAAGUGAUUCAAAAUAUACAAAAAAGGUAAUAUUGUUGUCGCCGUAUUAAAUUUAUGCACUAAUGUGUUCUCUAAAUUUGACACUAACAAUAAAAGAAACAAGGGUUGAGCUUGAUAUGACGUCAAAUGUUGAAAGUACCCAAGAGAGUUAAUCCUUUACAAUAGACACUCUUCACAAGUCUAUGAUCCACUCAAGCUCAAUAGGGUAUAUCUUAUAAAUCAUGUUGAAAAAUGAAAGUUCUUCUAUGGGGGUGGCCAUGGAAGAAAUCAAGGGUGCAAUGCCUCACUCAAGAGUAAAGAGAGGUUCUCCAAAAUGUGGGUGUUUUGCAUAAGUGGAUAAGCGAUAUAUCCUCAAGUAAAGACGAAAAUCUUAUAGUCAUAAUGAGAUAAGUAAAAUGGUGAGAGGAUGAGGGAGCAUGUGUCCUCCUUUGUUCUCUUUUGUUUCUAUUGAGAAAGAGUAAUGAGAAGCAAGCAAGAGUAUAUUUGCUCAUAGUUUAUGGACGAAAGCCAUCUCUUCUUUUGUUGGACAGGCUUAGACGCUUGGUUUGAGUGUUAGUGUUUUCCCCCGUCCCAAAUGGAUACUUUCUUUGGUAUGCAAUUAAGUAAACCAAAUGCAUGAAAACCAAUAAAUAAAUGGAGUUUAUCAUUGAAUAAUAACUAUUAUGUUAUUUGAAACUGCAAGGAAUUGACCGCUAGUGAAAACAUGAUUUUGUGGUAUAAGGCACUGUGGAUCAACAACUCCAAACGCAAACACAAGCAUAAUUAGUCAUGGAUUCGUUUCCAAUACAUUGGCCACUAAUUUGAUGGUGCCUCUCAUAACACUUUUGACCGCAAUCAACUAAUGUGCAUCCUGAUGGGUAUAGUGUUUCCACACAUCUCUUUACUUGUCCAUUGACUUCUGGAAGUAGGAAUGCUGUAAGUAAAAAAAAAACAUGAAUAAAAUGAGUAAAUACACAAAUGAAAACAACAUGAACAAAAAAUUAAUUAAAAAUAAACCCUCGAUAUCAUUUAAAGAGAACCAUAACCAACCUGACAUAAUCAAUGCGAAGAAAAAAGCUUGGAGAAGAGGAAAUUUUGCCAUUUGCUUGAAUCAAGAUUUAACCUUUUAUUUUCGUGUGUUUCUCCUUUGUGUAACAUGAAAUUUGAAAUGAUGGAGGACUCUAAACUUGUAUAUAGAGUUGGAGAGACGAAAUUGACGAUGAUGUUCAUACUUAGAAUUGGAAGUUGAAUAAACUAAUAUGGAACUAUAGAAUGUACCACGAACAUCAUUCGAGACGCCAUAUAAAGAUUAUAAUGAUUUUUAAAUGGUAACAAUUUUAUGUUUUUACCCACUUAAUUUCAAAAUAUUCCUCGAAUAUAUUAAAUGAGUACAUGUAUCUAAUUUUGAAGGUUAUCAACAGAUUUGAAAUACCUUCAUAUUUAUGGGGAUGAUAAAGCAUUUUUUUUACGAAUACUGCCAAAUUUAAUUAAAAGAAACAAAAUAAUGAAGUUUCCUUAGGUCCUCAUUAUUUAUAAAGGUGCAUUAUUUCACAAACUUUUUACUUGGAUUUGUGGUGUUGGGGUAAAAAUUAGAGGGGAAUGGUGUUUUCUAAUGAUUUGCAUACCUUGAUCCCAGAGAGGAUCUUGGAUAUACUUAUGGUACGAUCUUUGGCUUAGUGGACUAACUCUGAAAAGGAUAACUAAAGCAAGUUCACCCAAAGUCUAUGGUACUAAGCAAAUUCAUUUACUCAUACUGGGCAAAAAAUCGACCUGCAACCAGUCUACUAUCGAGAAUGAACUCUUAACUUAUAGGAUCAUAGUCAACCUUUUUCAAGCUAAUCCUAAUUUAGUCUCAUAUAUACAUGUUGAUGACACGUAAACUAUAUACAUGUCUCAUAUAUGCAUUUCUGGGUUGCAUUUGCUUCUAUAAUUACCAUUGCUGUGGUUCCCCGAAAAACAAAAGAAAUGAGUUAAAACAAUAGUGAUAUGUGUUCAACUAAAUGGGUUAAAAGAAACUAAUAAUAACCAUGUGUUUUUAAAUCACUUAUAUGCUAAUAAGAAGAAGAAAAAAAAAUGUUAUGGUAAAGAUUAAACUAACCUGAGAGAACCAGGGCCAAUAAAACCAUGGUGACGGUAAGAGUUUGGACAAAAGAAAAUUUUGCCAUGUUCUCAAUUAUGGUGACUAGUUUUUUCUUUGUUUUUUUUUUCCACUUGUUUCUCUUUUUUGGACAAUACUAUAUGGCAAAAGAUGGAUACCCUAUAUAUAUUGGGUAGAGUGGCAAUAUAGAUGGAAAUUUACCUAAGUACAUGAAUGUAAAUAAAAACUACAAUAGGAUAGUACGAAAUUAAGAAAUUUGAGAUUGGAGCCAUGAACAAGUAUUGUAACUGAAAUGUGAUGAUAGUUCAAUAUUUUACCAGUGCCCACAUAUUAAGAAUUGUGGCUCGGAUACAUGCGCGUCAUAGAUAUUACAUUUAUGGAGAAUUGAAGAUGUGCAUGCAUUUGGUUAGUGUUUAAGAAAUGAAACUAUCACAUGAUGCUAAAAUUGGUUUCCUUGAAUUCUCGUUGUCCGAAAAGGAAAACAAUUUCACAUCAAAUUUUAAAUGGAAUAAUGAAUUUUAAAACCAAUUUAAUAUACCAACUCAGUUUUAUAUAAGUUCAUUAGUAGACUAACUUUGAAGGUUGAGUGAUAAAUCUAAGAUCAUCCCGAAUCCGAGAACUAAACUUGGAAGCUUAUCCUUUUCCUUUUCCAACCCAUAGAAUUUGAGAGCUGAAUUUAGAUUAUUAGAUUUUUUCGAGCUAAAUCCAGAGGAAGAUAAAGUGGGAGGUAAAUUUCGGAGGAGAAAAUAUGUGGGGUCGAGUAUACAAAUGGGAGGGAUGGAGUUAGCGGGACUUGGCAAGAUCACUACAAAAACGCUUAUUGAUUAGAAAAUAUCACUUUAUAUACCAUGCAUCUAAAUUCUCAUUCAUACCAUGCAUCUCAAUGAUUCAUCUAUUCUACCACUCUAUCCCUUCUACUAAAGCAUUCCCAACUAAGCUUUUUCCACAUGCGAGAAGAACAAUAGCUAAUUAAUGUGUGUUUUCGCUUCAUGUCAUUAACUAACUAAUAGAGAACAUAGAAGUAC